CUUUUCGUAUUUUAGUAUACAAUAAGUCGACAAAAUGGCGCUAUAUAUAAAAAUACUAGGAAUUAUUACAGYUAUUCUUGGAGCAACGAGAGUGAUUUUUGACUUCCUGAACUUUAUUUCAGCGGCUUAUUGUGUAUACAAGAAUCACACUGUGGAAAAAUGUCCUUACAAUCAUUUUCCACCGUCUAUAAACGUUAUCGGAGCAGGAAUGGAAUCUUUUAACUCACUGGCACUUCUCUUGGCGUUAUUUUUGUGGGGACGCUUUAACGUUAAGAAAUAUGCCCUCGCACUAUCUCGAGUUGGACAUUUUUGGGUCUGGUUUGUACUUUGCAUUUGUUACAUUUGUUCCAACUUUGUGGUAAAAUCUGUCGAAGCGCGAGAUUCAAAAGGGAAGCUAUCGUACCUCGGAGUGUUUAGUGUUUUAGAAAUGAUAAUGUUAACUUUCCUGGCAUCAGCCAUAAACUUCGUAGCUAGAGAGACGUACCAGUUCUGGAUUGAACAGAAUAUAAACUCUGCCAAGUGGAGAAGAUUMUUUGAUCAUCUUUAUUGCUUUAUUCUCUUCACGUAUGUGGUUAGAAAUGCUGGUUUGUUUUUGUACGACACAGCGUUGGUGUCUUUGAGCAUUUCUAUCAUUAAAGGAACAACAACCACCACUGGGGAGUGGGAUAGUCUUCUCCUAGUGUUGAAUGCUGCGUUUAGAGGAAGUUUUGUGAAGUUCUUCUUCGCCAAAGUGUUCCAAGGACAGGACUUGCCGAAGGUGUGUGAUAAUUACGUGGAAAACAGAGGAUCUCAAAAUCCAAACCUUGAGCAGCAGCAUGGAAAUUACAACAUUAUUAAUGAAGCAUCUCAAGAUAGUACAUUUGUUCAGUAUUCAUAGACUUGCAACUCUACUGAGACCUCAGGCAGUGAUUGCAGUUGAGAGUGGGAUUUGAUUUGAAGACAAGCAGACUUAAUUGGACACWGUAUCCAUAGACUUGGUACUCUACUGACAACCACAAGCAGUGCUUUCAUUGAAACAAGAUUUGAAAAGACRAGCAGACCUACUUUACUGACACCAACAAGUAGUGCUCUCAUUUGAGAUUAAGCUUUGUUCUGACACAAAGCAGACUUUGGACACAGUUAUUGAUAUACCUGCUACUUUACUAAUACUGCUCAGUCUUUGGACAAUUAGUUCAUUCACUUGGAUGAACAUUUUUAUUUGGUGCAGGCCAUCAUAUGGAUUCAAAAAAACCACUGAGAAACCAAAAAAAAUCUAGCAGUCACCACAGUCAGUUACAGUCUGCACCUCAUACUAAUUACCUUUUACGAUACAUUACAAAAAUGAACUUCAAUAUAUUCCUUUUGACAAACCUUAUCAGUUAUUAGAAGCCCUAUGUAACAAACAGUGAUGUAUUCAUGAAAAAUAAGUGUUGUAGGAAUGAGAUCUGGGUAAACUUUGCAUGCAAAAAUGUUCCAAGGUUACACCCAAUAACUUGUUUUCCUUUCAAUGAAGUAAUCAAUUUUAGUGAGCUUAAGAAGUAAGGAUGCUAUGAUUGCAUUAUGGAUUAUCUACAUAAGUUUUAUCGGUUUUUAUACCGCUUACUGAAUCUAUGUGUCAAUGGGGACCUUAACUUGGGCUCUUUCUUUUUGUAGUGUUCGUUGAAAUCAAGUCUGAAGCUCAGGAAACGAAGAUUGUCAUCCUGGUGACUUGUAAGCAUCAUCAGAAAUUGUUGCACCAUGUCCUAUAAGCAAGAAAAGCCAAAUAUUAUAAGUCCCUCUUUGUUAUUCAGGUUCAUUGUUUUACUAUCUCAAAGUAAAAAAAGUACAAGUUAUGUUUUAAA